GACGCCCUUGCACCCCCGUCGCCCAUCGAUCCGUCCGUUUGUCAGGAGGAACGACGUGUUGUAUAUCGGCAAAUAUGUCUCCGGCAAAGUCCAAGUCCAAGUCCAAGAAUAAGUCCUCUGCACGGGCUGGAAAUGAACAAAAGGUUGCAUCUAAGACUCCUGGGUCUUCGAAUGGAGGAGGGAAUGGCAGUUCUGCGAGCGCUUACAAUCCAGUCUCUGGCACGUUCCAUUUGCUGGAGACCUCGCCGCUUGAUUCUUCACCACCUUCACAGAGUAAUGGCCGAUUUCAAACUAUAGAUGACACGGAUGAGCACUCAAGUAGUCCGCAUGGAACUGUUUCGGAGUUUGAUUCAGUUUCCAACAAUGGUAGCUGGUCUGGUGAGUCAGAAGACCUCAAAGAUAAGGUAGGUUCCACUCCUCAACGGGAACUGGUACCUGGUCCUGACAAUGAUAAGCGAGAGAAGAUUCGCUUGAAGAAUGAAAAGAAACACCAGAGGCAGAGAGAGAGGAGAGCACAAGAAUUGCAUGAUCGUUGCAGUGGCUACUUAAUGUCAAGAAAAUUGGAAGCACUUUCUCAGCAACUUGUGAGCAUGGGGUUCUCUUCGGAGCGGGCAACCUUAGCUCUUAUGAUGAAUGAAGGCAGGCUGGAGGAUUCAAUUUCCUGGCUAUUUGAUGGAAACGAAGAGGAAGCUCUUGACAAGGGUAAUGACAGCGGAAGCAGAGGUAACUUGAAGAUUGACAUAAGUGAAGAGAUUGCUCGGAUUACAGAACUGGAGGUGAAAUAUAAGUGCUCUAAGCAGGAGGUGGAAAGAGCUGUGGUUGCUUGUGAAGGUGAUCUGGUGAAGGCAGAAGAGUCUUUGAGGUCAGAGAAACAGGAUUCACAAGUUACAGUAACAACGUCAGAAGCUAUGCCUUCCCCGCAAACCCUUGUCAGACCGCGGGAGAAGCAUAUAGCUACCAUGACGACGUUGCAGGGAAGGAAUGAACGAGAUUCGAACUAUGCUAAGGCAGUUUCUAUCACACCAACGGACGUAGAGCUUGGCACUUCCAAGUUGCAAUCUUCAAAGAUAAACCAGCAAGCAUCACUAGUGGAGAAGAGAUGGCCUCCUUCAGGAUCAAGCUUUUUGCCUUCAUCAAGUAUCGCAAUGCGGACACAGGUCGCACCUGCAGUGACGAAGUCUGAUUUUCAUCACGGUGUUGCUGAAGAGAAACUAAUUCAAAAUGCAGCAUAUAGGGAACCUGUAAUAGUGAUGCAGCGUCCCCAGUCCACGUUACCCAGGUCAACUGUCGUCUCGAGCGUAGGAACCUCGCCUUCAGUAUCAAUUGGUUACCAUCCAAAUGAUGUUUCUCGUGCUGAGAUCUUAAGGUCAAACAUGAAGUUGCUCCAUGCUCAGAGAUUGGGAAGCCUUGGCCUAGAAAAUCAGGGUUUGGAGCAAUUCUACCAUCAACCCGUAUACAAGGAGAGUCCAUCAAUUCUUGGUCCAUUGGAUACGAUGGCUGAGUUUGGUGGCUCAUGGAAUACAAUGGGCAGAUCUCCUCCUAACGCUGUUCCAUCUAACCCUGUUACUUCCUGGAACAAAAUUGGCACCCCUGCAGCUUCACACACAAUUCCUUCAUCGUCGCUUGGACUAUUUUCUACUUGGAGGUCGGCAGGAACAUUGGGCUCAUCCUCUCAGGUGGAUUGGAAUGUCAGCGGUGCAAUGCCGGAGUUCGAUUAUACCAGAAUAGAUUGGACCCUCGAUGCCAAUUUGGCGCAUUCCAAGUCGAGUGGAGUGUGGCUACACCUCUCGUCAAUGUUGAGGAACAAUUCCACAAUGAUGCUUGGAGCUGCCAACAGGGUCUGUACUACAGACGCAUCACCAGGUGGUGGUUCAUGUGAGUGGACCUCUCCUUUUGCAGGAAAAGACAUCUUUAGCUUGCCCAGGCAAUUUGUAACUUCUCCAUCUCCCUAGGUCUUGGUGUCUAGGAGAUGGGAGAAGAAAAAUAGAAUAGCGGAACAAAAGCCCUGGUGGGGGGUUGGAUGGAUGUGUUGGUGUGUUUGUUUUCUGGUUUCCCUAUUAAAGUUGCUGCUAGUGAUAUCUGGCCGUAGUAUUUAUA